AUGUCUGCCGCCCACGACGACGCUCAGCAUGAGCACACCUUCGACUCCGUCGACGCUGGUGCGUCCGCCACCUACCCCAUGCAGUGCUCUGCUCUGCGCAAGGGUGGCCAUGUCGUGAUCAAGAACCGUCCCUGCAAGAUCGUCGACAUGUCGACCUCCAAGACCGGCAAGCACGGUCACGCCAAGGUCCAUCUCGUCGCCAUCGAUAUCUUCACUGGCAAGAAGCUCGAGGAUCUCUGCCCCUCCACCCACAACAUGGACGUUCCCAACGUCAAGCGCACCGACUACCAGUUCUCCUACAUCGACGAGGACUUCCUUGUCCUCAUUGACUCCAACGGUGAGGAGAAGCGUGACGUCAAGAUGCCCGAGGGUGAGCUUGCCAAGCGCAUUGAGAAGCUCGAGGAGGAGGGCAAGGACUUCUUCGUCGGUGUCCAGACCGCCAUGGGUGAGGAGGCUGCCAUCGAUGUCAAGGAGGCUUCCAACAAGGAUUAA